AUGGUUCAGCCGGGCCACCCAUCGUCGCGCCUAUGGCAUCCGGCCGACAGGAUGCCAGCCAGGAUUCCCAAUGAUCCCAUAUACGAGCAUAGAGUUCCCAUGGACAUUUGUACCAUGUUUGACGAGUAUUGCAACAUCCCACUCAAACAUUUCAUCAUGGCAGGGAUCAGAGACGACGGACAACUAGUGAGGUUCACCGGACCUAAAGAAGCUGCGACUUCGGAAGUGCUGUCGAAAUACAUCGAUCUUGAAGGAUAUCAAAAAUGGUACACGACCGGAAGGGUGAUGCCAACCCCGAGUCCCACGUACGAAGAAGGCUAUCCUACGCACGGAGAUCCAGCUCGGCCUCAUAUGAGCUCCGCAUACGGUGGCCGUCGACAAUAUGACCGGCGGCGCACCCAGGGACUGCUUGCCUACGAUGACGAAACCUGUUACAGGACUCGAAAGAGGCAGAGGGGCGGCAUGUCUGGCAGGAGAGAUGUCACAUUGGACGACGACCUUCCAGCAGUGCAAGUAGUACUCUCCAAGAAGGGCAUACGGGUUGGUAAUAAAGAGGAAGUGUGGAAGUUCUGCGAUCAACGAUUCAAGAACAUACAACAGACUGCUUGUAAAUUGAUCGCCAAGGCCUGGGUCAAAUUGAUCGCGCCGAAGAAGCAGUCCAACCACCCUUACACUGGGGCAGAUGCCAAAGCUCCAGACUGGUGGCCGAAACCUUGGGGUACUUCGAGGGACGAAAAAGUCCGGCACAAGGAGCCUGAUCAUCUUUACAAACCUGAGCGUGUUUAUCUCCUGAACCACAUUCUACACAUGAUCACGGAGCCAAACCAUUUGCAGCACAAAGAUAUCCAGAAGCAUGGCCUGAACGUCAGCAAGUUGGAGGAGGCGACCUUUGAGGCCCUUGGAAGCUUCUUUGGGGACGUAGAGAACCCUAACAAUGCCAAAAAGAAGCCCUAUCUCAGAGAAAUCUUCAAGGUGGCUCGCUACGAAGAACGCUACAAAAAUGGGGAGAUCGACGCCGAGUAUGAAGCCAUGGUCAUGGCUGAUGAUAAGGUCCCCGAUAACUACCAAUCCGACGAUGAAGAAGACGAUGUUCCAAAGGACGAUGACGAUGCCGACCAAAACCCCUCACAGCCGGCUGCUUCGACCCCCAAGACCGCAGACCAUGGUCUGCUGGUGGCUCCAAGUAGUGAGCCAAGUCCAGCUGGUAACCUACAGGGUGGGCCAUUCUUAGGAGACCUUCCGGUACGAGGCCACCAGUACCACCAUCAGCCGUCGAUGAUGCAGCCCGACCUCAGCUCCGGCCAGCCAAGUUUCGUGGAGAGCAACUCUAUGGGAAACCAAUCCGCGAUCCCUCAAGCGACUGGAAUGCCGCUACAGGAGAACUUCCCGGAUCCGCACGCCUCCAGCCGGCGGCCGUCUCUGUAUGCCUCGCCAUCAGAAUAUAGCAGUGCAACCACAUCCGGCUUGUACCCGAGCUGGCAGGCGACGAACCCGCCGACCACACCAUCGAUGUACUCUUCCUUUGAUAACCAGCAGCAGCAGGCACAUCAAUCAGGUUCCUAUGUGCACCAGCAGCCCGUUCCUCUUGCACAGACCCCACAGUACGUCGAGGCAGCAUCCUUUGAUAAUAUGCAGCGAGGCUCCUACGACACCGGUCCCACCAGCAUAUAUCGGACAGCUAGCGUCCCACAGGGAUCUGUCCAUUCGCAUCCAACACAGGGCUUCCCCAAUUAUCUUACACAGCAACACGACCCCAGGAACCUGUCCGGGCCUAGCUUGAAGAUUGAAUCACUUGGCCGAGGGCAGCUGCACGAUGAAGGAGGUAGCGGCUUUGAUUAUGCUGGUACCAAGAACCACAACAAACGGUGGAACACGUGA